AACGUGAAGAAGAACUAGAAGAAAAUCUGUUUUGAAAUCAGCUUUAAAUGAAAUUUGAACGCAUGGGAAGAGAAGAAUGCAUGAAAGGAAAGCAAGUUAGACCAUAUUCUUGCUGAUUUUUUGUUACCCUUUACAAAAGAUGAUAUGGAAUAGCUUGUGCAAAUGAAGAAAACACCAGGCAUCAGUUUGCAUCAAUCUAGACAAAGAAAAAGGGAUGUUGGUUUCCAUGAUAAUGGUGUAGGCAAUGGCACACAAAGGAAUGGUGUUAAGAAUCAUACUGGCAUGACAUAUUUCAAGUCUGCUUUCAAGAGGGUUUUUACCUUGUUUCUCUCUGGGAAAAGAAAAACAGCCUCAGAAGGUGUUGAAAGUGAAGACAGAAAGAAUACACACAAAGUUAGAGGGGUAUCAUCUUCUACAGAUUUAUCAUCUGAUAGUUUCCAGAGUUCAUCAAAAGGGAAGUUUUCUCAUUCCUCUGCAUCAUCAUCUGCCACUGCAAGUAGUCAGCUUGGAAUGGGAAACUUCUCCUUUGAGGAAAUUUACAAGGCAACAGCAAAGUUCUCUCCAGAUAAUAAGAUUGGUGAAGGUGGGUUUGGAACGGUGUAUAAGGGAAAGCUUAAUGAUGGAUCCCUUGUGGCUAUAAAGCGUGCCAAGAAGAAUAAGAACUUGGCUGAGUUCAAGAAUGAAAUAAACACCUUAUCAAAAAUUGAGCACCUGAACCUUGUGAGGUGGUAUGGAUAUUUGGAGCAUGGAGAUGAAAAGAUUAUUGUUGUUGAAUAUGUUAAUAAUGGAACUCUUCAGGAACAUCUACAUGGUACACGGGGAAAUGGACUAGAAAUUGGUCAGCGUCUAGACAUAGCAGUUGAUGUUGCUCAUGCAAUUACAUACCUUCAUAUGUACACAGAUCAUCCAAUUAUUCAUAGAGACAUCAAAGCAUCAAAUAUCUUAAUCACUGACAACUUAAGGGCCAAAGUGGCAGACUUCGGUUUCGCGCGGUUGGGUGCACUAGACCCAAAUGCAACCCAUAUUUCAACUCAAAUUAAAGGAACAGCUGGUUACAUGGAUCCUGAUUACAUGAGAACACAGCAUCUUUCUGAAAAGAGUGAUGUUUAUUCAUUUGGCGUGUUGCUUGUUGAAAUGAUGACAGGGCGGCAUCCAGUUGAACCAAAGAGACCUCUCAGUGAGAGAGUUACAAUUAAAUGGGUAAGUAUGUCCAAUCUUCCAAAGAGGAGUGCUAGCAACACACUAUAUUACACACUUUUUUAACACAAUUAUUAGUUAAAGUUUGCUAGAAACUACAAAAGUAUGAGUGAGAAUCAUUAAAUUAAGACAGGGAGCACAUAGUUUUGUGAUUUUUAAUAAAUUUUAGCUAAUAACUAAUAUUGUACUAGAAAGAAUGUGUUACAAAGUGUGUUAUUAGCAUUUCUCAUCUUCGAAAUGCAUUGCAAAAUCAGAAAAAAGAAAUUUUUUUUUUACUUGAUGAGAACAUUAUCAUUUUCGAAUAAGUUGUGAUUGGUUCAACUAUAUCCAGACAAAAUAUAGAAAACAUAAAGUGAAUUUUGUGCUGCAUCCAAGUAAUUCUAAGAAUGCACAGUGUGGUUAGUGGAUUAUUCUAAGAUAAAGAUAUUACAGGUUCUGACUGACAAUAUUGUUUUGAAAGAUGUAGGAAGUAGCUAAACUAUCCCAGGAAUCAUUUUGAACUAUUUAAAGCAUUUUUGCUUUUGUUUGUUUGUGUACAACUAACUAAUUUAAAAGUAACAAACCUAAUGACAAAAGAAGUUGAAUUUAGUAUCUCUGUUCACUGCAAAUUUCUUAAACAGUGCCAAUUUUUGGUAGUUCAUUUUGGUUUAGAAAUGUGUAUCUCUAGUGUGGUUCCUCUUUUAUGCUUGUCAGACUAAUUUAGAACUAGGCUAAUAUUUAGUAUUUGCGCGGGUCACGGUCAGAAGUGGGUUGUGACACAGGGAAAGGAAUAAAUUAAUGGUAACAAGUAGUUGCUAACAUUACCUUAUCAGUGGACUAAUAUUUUCACUUAUAGUAGAUGUUAAUUGACAAUUCUUCUCUUAGGAAAGUUUAAGUCACAAGUUUAGUUCUACAGGGUUUAUUUAGUUUCCAGUCCUCCAUGGGAGUUACUGACUAUAUAAUGCCAUGACUAAAUAUAUCAUUCUUUGCAUAUAACUUGCUUUCACAAGUCAUUACACUUGCAAGGCCAGAAAGUACCAGUUUUGGCUAUUAAAAGCUUAUUAUGGAACGUAAUAAGCUUACAGUAUAUGAUAUUGAAUUUGGGGAUUCCACGAAAUGCAGGAAAAAUAAUUAAAUAUUUUUAUAAUUUUUCUAAUAAAUAAGUUUAGUGAACUAAUUAUAAUUAACUUAUUAAUAUUAAAUUAGUAAUAUUGGUCAAAAAAUGAACUCAAAAUAACAGCAUAAGCUCUCCAAUAAAUUCUCUGUUUCUAGUUUUGACUCAAUGAUUAAGUUUGAUUAUAUAUCUUCGGAACCAAACCUCAUUAUAAUAAAACACGCAGUAUUGUUAUAGAUAGCUAUUAACAUUGAGGUUGUGGGAUGACAAUAGUUGAGCAAUGUUUGUUAACCGAAAGGUAUGUUAGAGCCAUACAGUAAUCCUUGCUAAAUGUGAUCAGUAAUCAGCUUACUUCAUGUUUCUGCAAAACUAUGAUUUAAGUUCUCUUAACAAAUUAAAUUAGAUUAGCAAGAUGCUAAUAACAUGAAAUACAAAGCAUAGUAUGCUCCUUCCCUUCCCUUGUCUCAAUCUUAUAAAUAUCAUAACAAUGAAAAUAGAAGAUGUUAAAACUUGAAUGAAUCACUGAAUUGGUACAUUUUGCAUGGUAUGCAGGCAAUGCAAAUGUUGAAACAAGGAGAAAUUGUGAUUGCCAUGGAUCCAAGACUGAGGAGAAAUCCAGCCUCAAACAAGGCAGUGGAGAAGGUUCUGAAGCUAGCUUUCCAAUGUCUUGCACCGGUGCGACGAUUACGGCCAUCCAUGAAGAGUUGUGCAGAGGUUCUGUGGGAUAUCCGUAAGGAUUUUAGAGACAAAACCUCUUCUCAUUCUCCUCAUGGUUCUCACCAUUCUGGAGAUUUUCCUCAAAGAGAUGUUAGGAAUAAUAGACACAUGACAUACAAAGGCUAUAAAUAUGUAUCUGCAUAACCAAAUUCAUUUAUGAAAUUUUUUCAUUGAUUGUUUUGAUAGUCAACACAUGUUUACUACAGCUAUUGUUUGCAUCAUGUUCAUUACUUGAAGCUUUUAGUUUCAUGAGGUUUUUCCUCUUCCAUUGAAAUUCUCUAGGUUUUAGAUUUUUUAGAGUGGAAGCUUAAAUGGGUUGAGAUUGCAAAAUAAAGGGAAAAUCAGCAACUUGGGUUUCAGAGUGUACCAGUUUGAUCUUCUGUAGUGCAUUUUUUAACUGCAGCAUUCUUUAUAUGGUUGUUUGGGGUGUUUUGUAAAGGCUAUUUGAAAACAGUGAGAAUAAUAGAUUGCCUUUUUAAAAAUACCAUUUUUCUAAUAUGAGCAUCGUUUCAUAUAAUAAAAAU